AUGAGCACUGACGAAGUGUCUCGCAUGUUUUUACCUCAGCGCAAGACUGUGCAGAGGAGCAAUUCGUCCUCAUCACUCUCAUCCACCAGUUCGUCUGGGUCAACGGUCACCCUCACCCAGAAUGACAGCUCGUCAGAACCCGCCCAUGGAGCAAAGAAAAAGGCAAGGGGAGGAUUCUGGCCUGUUUCUAAAUCAGAAUCGACCGCGAGUGUCUCCAAUGCCCGGGCAAAUGGGUCGCUUCAGACAGCGAUUGGAAACUCGUUGGUAGGAAAGAGUCCGGUACAGCCAGCGCUCCCCAAUCAAAGUCCUACGGCCCAGAUGAAUGGGGCAAGAGUCGUCAACGGAGCGGUCGCGGGGGAGCCGGCGGCGAUUUUGGCGCUGUUGCCUAUGAAUGGCACUUUCGAGAGGAAACAAAUCAAUCUCCCCUUUUAUCCAGAAGUCCUUCGCAUCGGCCGACAAACAAAUGCAAAGACUGUCCCGACUCCGGUGAAUGGAUAUUUCGACUCUAAGGUCCUGUCACGACAACAUGCCGAAGUGUGGGCGGACCGCACGGGGAAAGUGUUUAUCAGAGACGUCAAAUCAUCAAACGGCACGUUUGUCAACGGACAGCGACUCUCGCCGGAAAAUCGAGAAUCUGAGCCCCAUGAACUCCGCCAACACGACACUUUAGAGUUGGGCAUUGAUAUCGUGAGUGAAGAUCAAAAGACCAUUGUCCACCACAAAGUUUCAGCCAAGGUCGAGUAUGUGGGGCUGCCUGGGACGACCAACAACGUGCUCGAUCUGACUUUCGGCGACCUGGAUCCCUCACAUGGUGGUGGGCUAUUGCCAUCGCCUGUCAGCUCACCGAUGCUUCACAGUCGAAGCCGACCCGGAGGACCGGCAACAAAUGGACGGGCUUCCGCACCUUCAAGCGUUGCAGGCGGCCAGAUGAGUUCAAUUGCGCAGCAACGAAUGAAUAUGUGGGGUGCCACGCCGUUGAAUGUGGAACAACUGGUCAAGACAGUCGCCUUGGAGAUGCGGGCAGCAAAACAGCAGGCGGAGGAACUUGACCAGGCGGGUGCUUUUCUGAACUCGUUGUUGACACCUGGGGCCGAAGCUCCUCGGCCUCAACCCUCAUCAAAAGAAAAUGUUCCUCAACGGCAGUCUAACGGCCGUGCUAAGGCCCCCAAGCUGGAGCAUAUGGCCCGCUUCGCCGAUCCCCCAGCGCCGCCACCACAACAACCGCUACCAGAGAAGCCAGACGCCUCGAAACCAAGCCCCGUCACAACAUCGUUCACGAAUCUCCUGAAACGCGGGGAAACCGCCAAACAGACCAACAACGCGUCACAUUCUCCCACAAAUGCUCAGAACAGUCAAAUGUUGUCUCUCAUUGAGGCGUUGUCCAUCGCAAAAAAGGAGCUCGACUCUCAAGGAGCUCGAGUAAAGCAACUGGAAGAUAUGCUCAGGCAGGAGCGAUCAGCCAGAGAGGAUGCUGAGGAACGAGCUCGGAAGCUCGAACAACACGCGGCAUCACGACCAGUCUCAGCCGUUGAAGAGGAAUCACAGACACCGACAGAUUCCACCCACGACACAAAAGCUGUCGAGGAGGAGGCAAGACCCGACGCAGACGGCGAGCUUGAUGCGCGAACGAAGACUCUGCAGCAGAACCUGGAUCAAGUUCUAGGGGAGAUGCAGAGACUAAAAGCAGACGUGGAUCAAUUUCAGCGUCGCGCAGAGACGGCGGAGGCCGAUGCCGCCAAUGCCCGGAAAAGCCUCGCCGAGAUGAUCGACAAGAUCCGAGAAGAGAAUGAGAAAGCAGAAUCAUCUGCAAGGAAAUCUCAUGAAAAACAAUCACGUACCCAGGAUGAUGAGAGCGCCGAGGUGAUUGGGGCGGAGGAAGAGGAGCCAAGCUCGACGUCCCUGAUCAAGACUGUCGCACACGCAAACGGCCACGUCCGCGCACCGAGGCUACCUGAGCAUCUUGAGCGGGCCGUGGCAACAGUUCUACGGGACAAAAGCGCCAAUCCAGAUGCCAUUGCCCAGUCAGCACCAUGA